AUGCCUUUGACACUUCACCACAUGGGAUUUUCCCAAUCUGAGCGCAUAAUCUGGCUCGCAGAAGAGCUCGGCAUCGACUACAAAUAUGUCUUUCACAAGCGCGAUCCUAUCUUCGCCCCACAAUCCAUCAAAGACCUCCACCCGGCCGGCACAGCUCCAGUGAUGGAAGAUGACCCUUCCCCCGUGACCAACGCCCGAGUUGUCCUCGCCGAAUCAGGCGCUAUAACGGACUACAUCGUCGCUGUCCACGGAAACGGGCGUCUAGCACCCACCCCCAAGGAUGGUGCCGCCUAUCCCCAUUUCUUGGAAUGGUACCAUUUCGCCAAUGGAAGUCUUCAGCCCACUUUUCUAAGACUCCUGAUGGCACGGUCCGCAGACCCGAGCUCCCCCUUUGUAGCUCGCACAUUAGGUAAGGCACUGGGUCAAUUGGAUAUGCUUGAGGACCGUCUAGCUCGGACAGGAGCAUAUCUUGCCGGGGAAGAACUCACGGUCGCAGAUAUCAUGACCUUCUUUACCUUGACGACUAUGCGGGGCUUCUGUCCAGUAGAUUUUGAUACGGAAAAGCAUAAGCAUAUUCUUGCUUAUUUGAAGCGGGUCUCUGAGCGUCCAGCGUAUCAGAAGGCCAUGAAGAAAUGCGAAGGUGAUGACUUUAAGCCUAUGAUUGGGCCCAAAGCUGAGCUUUGGCCCCUUAUGAAGAAGGUGUAA